AUGCUUAUGAAGAAAGUGAAGAAACAUAUAACAUCUGUUGAUGUUGCUGCCUCACAUAUAACAGAAAUUUCAUCAGAUGUUUUAAAUCAAAAAAAUGAUGUAAGCCAAAUUGAGAAUUCAUUAAACUCAUCAUUUAAAAGUAUUAAUUUAAAACACGAAGACAAAAAUGCUAAUACAAUAGAGAAAACAAAUGAGUACAACCUAAAUGUAAAUGAUGAUGUUGAUUAUAAUUCUUCUGCAAGUCCUCAUCAAAUAAAAAGUAACAUGAGCAUUUUGAGUAAUACAAGUCAAGUUAAAUCAACCUUAAACGCUAGUUUGAUUCCUGCUGCGAAGAAAAAAUUUAAAAUACCUGCUGAUAUUAAGUUAUCUCAAAAAAAAAUUAAACCUACAAAUAUCCAAAAAACUGACUGGACUAAACCAAAUUCACCUGUUGUUUUUACUGCUCCUUCUCCUAAUCUUCAACCUAAAUUUAUUAAAUAA